UUUACUUUUUGUCACUCGGAAAAUGUCCAAAAGUUCGUGAUAUGGUAAUUAUCCAUUCGUUCCCACCUUAAUUCUAAUACUGUUAAAUUGCUCACUGAAACUCCGAGCAAGUAUAUUGUACCAUGAUUCUGUAGAUAGUUUUUCCGUCCCGCCGAGCUCCAGUUGGAUUAACGGAUUUUCCCACGAUUAUUGUGCAUUGACCAUUAAUUAGUCACACUUCUUAAAUGAUCCCAAAUCACCUUUGACUUACCAAUAUACAUGUAGAAUAUGAUGGAGAUUUAUGCAUCAUCGCGGCAUUUAUUCUUGCUUGUUUGCGUCAUCGGGUCAAUGGGGACAACCCUGGCAGCACACCGGCCUUUACGCAUGGUGGUGAAAGAAUUCAAAAUUCCGUUAAACCAAAACGCCGCCGACCCAGGCACAGCUGGUCAGAGUGCACAAUCACAGAACGGGGCGUCAGUUGGCAGUUCCACGUCGACCAGUGCAGAAAGCGAAGAGAGUCAACAGUCAAGCGACGCAGCGUCAGCCGCAAAUAACGCGGCCGGAACUCCGGCUGACGCGGCUAACCGUCUUAACCCAAUCAAACGGAUCAUACCGGAUCACUAUGGGCCCUCUGUGGGUGAUCCAUACAGGAAAUCAGCCCAGGAUAAUCACUGGCAUUUUAGGAGCUCGACGACAUUGGCGGUAGCUGCCCUUGGAGUUGCUCUGGUCGCGCUUAUUGCGUCACUCGGGGUUGGAGCCGCCAUAAUGUCCCAUAAAAACAGACAGGAGGCCGCCACGGGAUUCCUCAGGACCGAGGGAUACGUCGAAAUGCUCGAAAUACCAACUUAUGAUGAACAAGAAUUAUGUCGUAACGUCAAUUCAUAGCCGACUUUGAGAUGGUGCAUAUAUAUGAAACACUUGCAGUGUGGCUUUACUGAUCAGUGAAAGCGUGUACGGAACCAUGUAGGCCGAUUUUAUGGCAUUGCUCUAGAGGGACAGGGGUGGGGAUGAGAUGAAUCUCACCCAAUGCCUGCUGUAAAAACUCCGAAAUUCGAGGGACCCCCCCCCCCCCGCCGAGGAUCAGUGCCCAUGGAACCAAUGGAUAUGCCGUAUAAAUGUUGAUAAUUAAAAUAACGUUGUUUUAGUCGGUCUUUUUUUUUACAUUCCCUGUGUACGUCGAAACUGAUACGUCAAAAGCUUUCUCAGAAACUGACGCAAGAAAGCUAGCUACAUUCAUGAAGGGUUUGUUUCACCAGUUGAUGAGCAUAGGACAUUUGGCUAAGCUUCUGAGAUCAGAGCAACUUGUUGGCUUAGAUUGAAUUUGUCAUGCAGUGAAAUCACUGAUUAAUGACCUCCAUGAAGCUUCUCCAGGAUAACAAAGUGUGACGAAACAGAUUGAUUAUUGAGGUUAACAGAUGUUAAUCAUGCAUACGAAGUAUCCAUGAAUUCCUUUAAAAGAAAGAGGUAUGGAAAUAUCUGACCAUUUGUAUUUAUUUAUUAAUUUACUCCAACCAUGGCGAUUGGAAUAUUGACGAUGUACAUGAAUAUAACACAACUAAAUAUAAUAAUACUUUUCUGACAAACUAAGAAUAACAACACUUCUCAUUGCAAAUGGGGCAGUUGUCUCCUCUAGCCACCGCCUCCAUUAAAGACGCUAUAUGUACCCACCUUUCUGGAACUACCAUCGAGGAUGAGAGUUUCAAAGAAAGUGAUUUGUAAAAAUGAGCGGAAUAUUGGGGGCGAUCUUUCUCCUCAAUGAGGCAGACAUUAGGCCACAUAAACGUAGAAUUUAUUACGUUAAUAUAUAUCUGUUUCAAUAAAAAGUUUAUCCGAUAACGUAAAGACGGCGAGAUGACGAGAGGGUGCUCUUAAAAUCUGUUCGCAGUUUUUCAUGGGGAAAAUAGAUGUAAUAUAAUAUUUUAUGUACAUAUGUAAACCGGGAUGUAAACAUUAUUGAAAAAAAAUCCACAACUGAAAGUACAAUAUAUAGGCAAUGAUGACCAUACUGAUGUGAUUGUUAAUACUUGAUUCUUUUGUCUUGCAUGUCUUUAGCCUCAACUUGUACAUAAUUUUUGUCGUCAUAGACUUUUUUGUCCAUUCAUACUUUUUGUUGUACACAAUGUUGAUUCAACUGUUAAAGUAAUGAUGGUAAUAUAGCAUUUAUGAGGCGCCGAUUAGUUGCCUAAUGAAUGACGCACUUUAUUGUAUAUUACACCGGCUGUAGCUCCAGCUGCUAAUUAAAAUCUAAGGAAUAAAUCCUUCCGGUUCCAGGGCUGAGUGCAGUGGGUUAAUUUCUUACACACACACACACACACACCAUGCCUGGGAUUCGAACCCACGACCCUCUAAUUGAAAGACGAGAGUCAUAACAACUAGACCAUGACGCUCCAAAAGUAAGAGGAAAAAUCAGGCCUAUUAAUUAGAGAAAGUCUACUCAAGAGUCAACUUAUAUUUGAUCAAUUCAGAUAAAUGAGGGAAGCAUAAUCUUUUGUACGAAUUGAAUUCAUUAACAAACUUCAUUCAUAUGGCAUGAAUAUUUUGUUUUAAAAAUAUAUAAAAUGAUAACAUAAACAAGAACAUUCAUAACUGUAUGUCGUUAAAAUUUGUAAUACGUCAAUACAUAGAUUUCCAAUUAUCAUAAAGAUAUACAUCUAUAUACAAAGAGAAAUGACGAAUUGAAAUUUAACAUAAAGAAGGUGUAGCAUAAUGCAAUAUACAUAAGGUAUCCUGUGACGUCACUCCCAGCUGCCCAUAUGGCAUCAUACCAUGUAAUAAAGAUUCUAUCCCAUGGGAUCUGACGAUAAAAUUGUUUACACAGGAAAAUCAUUUUCUAAUGAAAAGAAAUUGGAAAUAUAUUUUUAUUAUCUCAUAAAAAUAGGGGAAUGUAACGUCAUCGUAUCCUGCUAUACUUUCACUGAAUCUUCACGAACAUAUAUGCAUUCUCAACGUUAGGUUGCAUUUCUCCUUCAAUAAUAA